AUGAGUGACACCGCUGCUCUGCAAAGACAACUCAGAAUCAAGACCGGAGUUGUACAAAGACUCCAGAAGGAGAGUAAGGUUUACAUCGAAGAGACGAGUCAGCUUGAGGCGAGGCUCGCCAAGCUUACCGCGGAGAAUGCGGAUGAGUGGGAUUUGAAGAAUGCCGGCAAGAUGGUCGACGAAUCCAAGAAGAUGAUCCUCGAUGCCUCGACUCGUCUGGGGAAGGCAGUGGAGGAUCUUCAGGGACUUGUUACGUCGACCAAAGAAGAAUCGGCUUUGCCUGCGGACGACGAGGCUCUCGUGAAAGCAGAAGAAGUCAUCAAAGAAGGGACCACUACAGCGUAA